AGAACUUUACAGGAAGAAGGAGGCUGCCGUGUAUAAAACCAUCAAGAAAGACCCUCUUCUUUGUCAUUAACAAAACAUACAAAAAGGGAAAUGAACUUCUCACCGAUUCUGUGAAUCUCAAUCGUCUCUUGCUUCUUCUUGUUGAUAAUCUCUCUUCUUCUCAUCCUUUGAAGGCAACUCUCUCUGAUUUUGCGUGGAACUCUAAUUUCCCCACUUUACUCCACCUUUUUACAUUUUCAGAUCAGAUAUCAACAAAAGGAUCAAACUGCAGAACCGUUUAAACUCAGAAAAUGGGUCUCUCCAGCCUUCCUGCUCCUUCUGAAGGAGUACUAGGUGUGAUCCUUGUAAAUACAGCCUUAUCGAUUUCUAUCUUCAAAGGCAUAGUUCGAUCGAUCCUCCACGUCAUUGGCUUCCAUCUCUCGUCGUCGCCUACAUUACCAUCGUCACCAGAUUCCAUGGAGAAUGCUCCUGAAUCCAUAGAAUUUCAUCUUAACCCUAAUGGAAGUUACAUCGAAGAGUUCCGUAGCCGAAUCCCAGCAAUUCUGUUUGACAAAGUUCGUAGCUGCAAAUGGCUUGAACACGACUGCUCGGUCUGCCUAACCCAGUUUGAACCUGAAUCAGAGAUAAACCAUUUGUCUUGUGGCCAUCUUUUCCAUAGAGUGUGUUUGGAGAAGUGGUUGGACUACUGGAACCUUACAUGUCCGCUGUGUCGAACUCCAUUAAUGUCUGAAGAAGACACAGGUUCCUGCUUUUGGUGAGCAUUAUGAAUAAUGAUGGUUGAGGAAUUUCAUUCCGUGUACAGCAGCAUAGUGUAGAUAAUCUUAAAAGUGCAUCCGCAGGCCAUAGCAUUUGUACCUUUCAUAUGCAUGAGGAGUUGAAGCGUGAUGAGUGUGAAUGGGUCUCAGGCCCAAGUUAUUUCAUUGUAAAUAUGAAGCUUUUUCUGGUUUUUUUUUUCUUUUUUGUGUUUAUGCAGUCUUGAGAAGACUGGCUUUUACAUUUCGAGUUAAUGCAGCUACUUCCCUUUAUCUA